AGCGUGUCCUCUUCCCCGGCCAGCGCCGCACGGCCAGCGCGUUUCUCUCGCUGAGAGCACCAAACGAUGAAAUAAGUGAGAGAUAUAAUACUGACAUACCGAUCAUAUUAAUUUCUGAUAUUGGAGAUUUGAAGAUGGAAGCAUUUCAUUUCAGGAUGAUUUUGGCACUUCUAGUAACUGGAUCUGUCAUCAGCGAUCGUUCUGACAGAUACCAUUCAAACCUGACUGACUCUGGAAAUGAUGUUACUGGAAUAGAACCUAAAUUGCUGCUCCAUACAAGCCAAACCAACAGAACCUACAAGUAUUGUCCCAAACAUCCUAGAAUUGACAACCCAUUCAAAUACAUCAAUACAGUAAUAUCUUGUGCAGUUUUCAUCAUCGGGCUUGUUGGGAAUGCAACUUUGCUGAGGAUUAUCUACCAAAACAAAUGUAUGAGGAAUGGCCCCAAUGCACUGAUAGCUAGCCUGGCACUGGGAGACCUCAUCUAUAUCGUCAUUGAUAUCCCUAUCAAUGUGUAUAAGCUCCAUGCUCAGUGGCCGUUUGGGUUGUCUUCAUUUGGGCAAUUUCUUUGCAGUUGCGUUCCUUUUAUUCAGAAGGCAUCUGUGGGAAUCACCGUCCUUAACCUCUGUGCUCUAAGUGUGGACAGGUAUCGAGCAGUUGCUUCCUGGAGUCGUGUCCAGGGAAUUGGAGUCCCCUUGAUCACUGCUAUUGAAAUCUUCACCAUUUGGAUUCUUUCCUUUAUCCUGGCUAUCCCAGAAGCCAUUGGUUUCCAAGUUGAAAACUUUGACUAUAAAGGAAAAAACCUUGUUUCCUGUAUGCUCUUACCUAGAAACAAGUUUUUAGAAAUUUAUAUUGAUGCAAAGGACUGGUGGCUCUUUGGUUUCUAUUUCUGCAUGCCACUUGCUUGCACUGCAUUCUUUUAUACCCUCAUGACCUGUGAGAUGUUAAACAGGAGGAAGAGUAAUUUGAGAAUAGCUCUCAGUGAACAUCUUAAGCAGCGACGAGAAGUUGCAAAGACAGUUUUCUGCUUAGUAGUCAUUUUUGCCAUUUGCUGGUUUCCCCUCCAUUUGAGCCGGAUUCUGAAGAAGAUGUUGGACCAUGAAGACAACCCUAACAGAUGCGAACUACUCAGCUUUCUGCUGACAUUGGAUUACAUUGGCAUUAAUCUCGCAACCAUUAAUUCCUGCAUAAACCCUAUAGCACUCUAUUUUGUGAGCAAGAAAUUCAAAAACUGUUUCCAGUCAUGCCUCUGCUGUAUGUGCUACCAGACAGGAAGUCAAACAUCGUCUGUUCCUAUGAAUGGAACAAGCAUUCAGUGGAAAAACAAUGAACUGAACAAUCUCAACACAGAACGGAGCAUCCACAAAGACAGCUUAAACUGAGAUACGACGGAAACUGUACUUCACAAUUUGUGAAGGCUAUCUGGUAUUCAGUAAACAUAUUUCAUUUGGAAGCUCUGUGCCCUAGCACUUAAUUCCAAAGAUGGCCAAAUAGUAUACAGGUGAAGCUCUGUACAGAUAUCCAAAUGGAAGUUCCUCUUUCUUACAAAGAAAUCCGCCCUUUGGUAAAAACAAGAAGAGUCUGAGGAGUGUUUGCAGACUCCAGAUGGAAUUGUUCAGUAAGUGUGUUGUGCAUGCUGUCAUGUUAAAAAAGUUCAUAAGUUGAUAUGAGUCAUGAUGGAUUCUUUAAGAUUGUGAAAAUGUAGGGCCUACAGCUCCUCUGUGCUGCCAUUCGUUUGACAUGAAAUAUUUUAGUACAUAUAUUCCACAUUUAAAAGCAUGUUCAGCAUGAAGCAUUUUGUGUGUGUGGGUGUAUGCGCCAGACCACAGCAGGAUGUUAUUUAAUGAAUAUCGCAGAUGAGACAUUAACUGGACAAUUAUCAUUUGCAGCACUUUGCUAGUCACUGAUUUAUAUAAGCGUGGACCUGAAAUAACAACAAUAUUAGGCACUUAGGACAUAAACAAAUGCCCAAAAGGUAGUAGUAUAAUAGCUAAGCACACCCUUUUCAAAGCAAGUAUAUUUGUAUAUAUCAACAUAAAUGUGAUUUUCAUGACCCAUUCAUAUUUCACUAGCUGUUUCAUCUAACUAUAUCCUUUUUAGACCAUGAGCAAUCUGAUAACUGCAAAUUGAAAUGGGAAUGCAACAGUAAGAAUGGAUUACAUACUACAUUAUUACCGGAAGUAUUUGGAGACAGUGGUCACUUGUACAAAAUUGCUUUUAAAUUAUAUUCCAUUUAAAAAGAUACAUUUGCAGUAUUACAAUGGUGUACAUAAGAACCUUACAUCUUGAACUUUUGUUGUGUGAUUAUGUUUCGGACAAAUCCUGAACCAUGGACACCCCGUGACACUGGGCACCAUCCAACUAUGUGUUUACUUGGGAUAAUGUUCUAUUGAAAUGAGUCACAAAUCCUUUGUGAUUAAAACUGGGGUGUUAAAAUUAACAAAAGAAUGAAACUUCUAAAAUAGAUCCCCCCCCCUAUAUUUAUGGAAAUUAUUAAUUAUCUAACACAGGAGAUGGGAUAAAUAGUUUGUGCCUCAGUAGAAUCUAGAGAACACAUUGUUCCUGAUACAGCUGUAGUUGUGAGCAUCUAAAUAGGUGAAUGAAAUCUUUAUUGCUAAAAGCGAUAAGCCAUCACAAUUUGACAUAAUAAAAACAAGUAAAAAGAUAAGCUAAAAUAAAUAAGCUAAAAUAAGUAAGU